AGGCUCAUUUUGGCAGAAUAUUUUCCAUUAUUGUAGAUCAACAACGGACCCCUGGGAACUAAUCUUCGAUGAUGCGUGUCUCAAAGUGAUUGACGCGAAUUUGAUGUUUGCAAACUGGUCCCUUGCAAUAGAGAACAUCAUUCAAACCUCCCUUUGAAUAUACCUGAAACACAACCAAAGUUGUUUUGUUAUUUCCAAUACGUGCCCUCUUUUUGCAGGGAAUUGCUCUGGGGAUUUCGACUUUUCCAUAGCUACCCGCUCCCUGUACUUCUAGGAGCGAGGGAGACUGGGCUAGAAAUCUAACAUGGCGGCAAAGAAAGGUUCGUUGUUAUUUCUAGUUCUGUUAUUUUGUGAUGUCUGGUGCAGCAUAGAUGGAAACCCGUACCAUGAAAUCGUGAAAUAUAUGGAGAAAUACACACUUCCCGAGUUACCAUACGAUUACAACGAGCUAGAACCGCAUAUUGAUGAAGCCACCUUGAGAGUUCAUCAUCUUGGCCACCAUGCUGCGUACACAAAAAAACUUAACGCCGCACUAAAAGAGUGGAGAGAAUCGGGAAAAGAAAAAGAUCUGGCUUCCAAAAGUAUUGUGGAAAUUCUAAGGAACAACGAACAGAUUCCUGACAAGUGGAGAACAGACGUGAUCAACAAUGGUGGAGGGUUUGUAAACCAUGCAUUGUACUGGGCGACCAUGUCCCCAAACCCAAAGUCGGAACCAAGAACUCCAACAGGCAAGAUUGGCGACCUUAUUGAUAAAUCCCAUGGCAACUUCAGCAUGUUCAAACAAUGGUUUGAUGAACAGGUGAACUCCAUGUUCGGGUCUGGCUACACUUGGCUGUGUCAGGAUGUCACGUCUGGAUUUUUGACCAUUCUAAACAUGGGUAACCAGGAAAGUCCUGUUGCCUAUCGUCUGAACCCUGUUCUGGUCAUUGACCUAUGGGAACAUGCAUUCUACUUAAAGCACCAGAAUAAACGACCAGGUUAUGUGCAUAGCUGGUGGCACUUAGUAGACUGGGAAAGGGUUAAUGAGCUUCUUGAAUGGUGGCAAAAUCAGAACAUCCAUGAUGAACUGUGAGCUCUGUUGAUUAGAGGAUUACCACCUACUACUGCUUAUCCUUUUGAAGAAAGCAUGAUUUUUACCAGUUAGUAAUCAGGAAAAGUUGGAGCCCAUUUAGGAAUGAGAUUUUGAAAUAGACAUUAGCAUAUAAAAGACCACAAACAUUUUGACAGGCCUUGCUGAACCUUGGGGAAAAACACUGAUGCAAAAAAAAGAACAAUCAAUUAUACUUUGCCAUUUCCUGCUAAAAUAGAAGAAAGCAUGUCUUUAAAUUAAUGAUUUAUAUCCUAGUUUUGUAGGUCCUACUUUUGUAAGCUUGUUAUACCAUAAUUUGCAUAAAUACCUUCUCUAUGUGAGAUAGUCAACAUAUAUACCAAGACAUACCAAACAACAUAUUUUUUAUUUACAUAUAUAAUACAAUUAUUGAUGUAACUGUUGUUCUUUUGGGUUUUAAAACUGUUACCUAUGUACAUGUUUUUUUCACAUUUGUUUUUAAAAAACAAAAGUUGUCCUACAUUGGUAAAA